CGCAACUGACUGGAGCGCGAAUCCAGUGAGAUCGUGAGAAGCUGCCCGCACAGCGCGCGAGGCGCAGAGAGAGACUCGGUCCAAAACGCAUUUAUUCUUCUGUGAAAACGGAUCUUUUUCUGGACCAGAACCUUGUGAAGGGAUAUAUUUUACUUGAAUGUGAAUCGUUGCGCAUCUGUAAGGUGUCUGUGGAAAAGAAACCCGGGGAUUUGAGUCCUGUUUCAGUCAGAUGCUGAUGAACUGAGAAGGAUUUUAUCCCGUUUUACUUCUGAGGAGAAAAAAGUCUCAGCUGAUGCUCACGAACGGAGAACAGAGAGAAACGACACAAACCAAUGAGACACUAAAGAGUCUCACUAAAUGAUAGCGUGAGCGUGUAGUCAUCCAGCGGGAGUUUAGGAAACCCCUGCGGUGAGUGCCAACCACAAAUCAUGGUGCCACGCAGCCGACAGGCCUCUCCCCAUGCCAGUGCCACACGCCUCCUGCUGUUGAUCUGCCUGGUGGUGCCAAUCCACGCAGAUAGCAUGCCCAGUUUCAUUAAGACUCCCGAAGAUCAGACAGGUAUCUCCGGAGGGGUGGCGUCUUUUGUGUGCCAGGCGGUCGGGGAACCCAAGCCACGCAUCACCUGGAUGAAAAAGGGCAAGAAAGUCAGCUCGCAACGCUUUGAGGUGGUCGAAUUUGAUGACGGCUCAGGUUCAGUGCUCAGGAUCCAGCCCUUGCGAACUCAUCGAGACGAGGCCAUUUACGAGUGCACGGCCACCAACAGCGCAGGAGAAAUAAACACCAGCGCUAAACUCACUGUACUGGAAGAGGACCAGAUCCCUCACGGGUUCCCUACCAUAGACAUGGGCCCACAGCUGAAGGUGGUGGAACGAACAAGGACCGCCACCAUGCUUUGUGCAGCGAGUGGCAACCCCGACCCAGAGAUCUCCUGGUUUAAAGACUUCCUUCCUGUCGACAUUAACAGCAGCAAUGGCAGAAUCAAACAGCUCCGUUCAGGUGGUACACCAAUCAGAGGGGCGCUUCAGAUCGAGAACAGCGAGGAAUCCGACCAGGGCAAGUAUGAGUGCGUGGCGGUGAACAGCGCAGGAACGCGGUACUCGGCUCCUGCCAACCUCUACGUCAGAGACCAACGGGAAGUCCGGCGAGUUCCGCCGCGCUUCUCAAUCCCGCCCACCAAUCACGAGGUGAUGCCAGGCGGCAGUGUUAACCUCACCUGCGUGGCGGUGGGCGCGCCCAUGCCCUACGUGAAGUGGAUGAAGGGUGAGACGGAGCUCACCAAGGAGGAGGAGAUGCCCAUCGGCCGAAACGUUUUGGAGCUCACCAACAUCCGCCAGUCGGCUAAUUACACCUGUGUGGCUAUUUCCUCUCUGGGUAUGAUUGACACCACGGCUCAGAUCACUGUUAAAGCUCUACCCCGCCCUCCCACCUCUCUGAUCGUCACAGAAACCACCGCCACCAGCGUAACUCUAACAUGGGACUCUGGUAACCCUGAACCCGUGUCGUACUAUGUGAUUCAAUACCGUGCCAAAGUCUCAGACAACGGGUUUCAGGAAGUGGACGGCGUGGCCUCCACCCGCUACAGCAUCGGGGGUUUGAGCCCUUACUCCGAGUACGAAUUCCGCGUCAUGGCGGUCAAUAAUAUCGGCCGUGGGCCGCCCAGCGGUGAGGUGGAGACGCGGACCAGCGAGCAGGCGCCCUCGUCUCCUCCCCUGCGUGUCCAGGCUCGGAUGCUGAGCGCCACCACCAUGUUGGUGCAGUGGGAGGCUCCCGAAGAGCCCAACGGACAGAUACGAGGAUAUCGAGUGUACUACACGUCCGACAUGCACUUGCCCCUCAGCACCUGGCAGAAACACAACACGGAGGACGGUAGCCUGACCACCAUCUCCGGCCUCGUCCCCGACAUCACGUACGGGAUCCGCGUGCUGGCGUUCACCUCUGUAGGCGAUGGGCCGCCGUGUGAUGUACUGCAGGUUAAAACACAGCAGGGAGUCCCGGCACAGCCCACUGGCUUUGAAGCAGAAGCUGAGCUCGACACCAGGAUCAUGCUGUCGUGGUUGUGGCCCGUCCAGGACCAGAUCAUCAAGUAUGAGCUUGUGUAUUGGGAAGCUGAUUCUGAAAACAAGAACCACAUCACCUUUAACCCAGCAGGUUCUUAUGCUGUUGAAGGACUAAAGCCGGACACGCUCUACAGGUUUUCAUUGGCAGCUCGCUCUGAAAUGGGACUCGGCGUCUUCACAUCACCCAUAGAGGCCCGGACAGCUCAGUCCACCCCAUCUGCUCCUCCACAGGAAGUUCACCUGCUCAGUCUCUCUUCCACCAGCAUCCAGGUGAGUUGGGCGGCUCCGCCUGCCGCUAAUCGUCAUGGCAACAUCGUCAGGUACUCUCUGGCCUAUAAGGCGUCAUCGGGUGAAGACCAGCAGCGGCAUGAGGUGCCGAACAUCUCCGCAGAUGUGUCCAGCUACGUGCUGGAGGGGUUGGAGAAAUGGACGGAGUACACCGUGUGGGUCAAAGCACACACUGAUGUAGGGCCCGGUCCCGAGAGCGGCAGCACCCGCAUCAGAACCCAAGAGGACGUGCCCGGCGCCCCUCCACGCAGGGUUGAGGUGGACAACGUGAACUCCACGGCCCUGCGCGUGUCAUGGAAAUCUCCUCUCCAGCAGAAACAGCACGGGCAGAUCCGUGGCUAUCAGGUUGUUUAUUCACGGCUGGAGAACGGAGAGCCGCGCGGACAACCCACCAUCCGAGACGUGGCGCUGCCCGAGGCACAGGAGGUCAUCCUCACUGGCCUGUUGCCUGAAACGACAUAUUCUGUUACUGUGGCGGCGUACACCACUAAAGGAGACGGGGCCAGAAGCAAAGCCAAAGUAGUGAUGACAACAGGGGCAGUGCCUGGUAAGCCGACCAUGAUCAUUAGCACCACUAUCGGGAACACAGCUCUGAUCCAGUGGCAGCCCCCUAAAGAGAUGGUGGGUGAACUGAUGGGCUACAGACUGAGGUACAAACGCGAAGAGGAAGAGACCUACACGGUCCGUGACUUCAGACGCACAGACGAUCACUUCACCGUCACCGGCCUGCACAAGGGCGCCACCUACAUCUUUAAACUCUGCGCCAAGAACCGAGCGGGAAACGGAGAGGAGUACACCAAAGAAAUCAGCACUCCCGAUGACGUUCCCAGCAGCUACCCUCAAAAUCUCCGAGUGGUGGGCCUGACGACCACCACAACCAAACUGGCGUGGGACCCUCCGCCUUUGCCCGAGAGGAAUGGGAAGAUCGUGCGCUAUGUGGUGGUGUACCGUGACAUCAACAGUCUUAAGAACCAAACCAACGGUACCGAGGAGACGCAGAUGACCAUCCACGGCCUGCAGCCGGACACGACCUACGAUAUAAGAGUGAAAGCGUUCACGGGGAAGGGAGGAGGUCCGUUAAGCCCCAGCAUCCAGAGCAGGACCAUGUCAACCUCCAUGCCUGAGUUCACCAAAAACUUUGGUGUGAAAGCUGUGAUGAAGACCUCAGUCCUGCUCACGUGGGAGGUGCCCGAAACAUACAAAUCUCAAGUGCCUUUCAAGAUCCUAUACAACCAGCAGAGCGUGGAGGUGCAGGGCGAUCUGAAGAGGAAGUUGAUCACAAGGCUACAGCCGGACACAAAUUACUCUUUCGUGUUGAUGAGUCGAGGUAACAGCGCCGGCGGUCUGCAGCAGCAGGUCUCCAUUCGCACCGCCCCAGACCUGUUCAUCACCAAACCCGCUCACUACAAACAAGACCAAGAAGAGGGAGGCAAACUUACCGUUACGCUGCCCAAAGUGCACAACAGCGCCCUUGUCAGGUGGUUUUAUAUAGUGGUGGUGCCAGUAACUGCAGUACGCCUUUGGGAGAACCCAGAAGACAUGGAUCUGGACCAGCUUUUGGAGCGCAGUGGAGACGUGAGGAAGAGGAGAAGGAGGAGGCAAACUCAGGACUUCUUGCAGCCGUACGUCGCUGCCAAGUUGGAUUAUCUGCCAGAGACCUUUGUGUUGGGAGAUGAGAGAACUUACAAUGGAUUCUAUAACAAAGCACUACCCGGCCAGCAACAGUACCGCACAUUUAUACUGGCAGAACUCAAAGAUCGAGACUCGAUGUUUACAGUGAGCUCAUACUCUGAACCCAUGAUGGUGAAGCUUCACAGCGGCAUGUCUCGUCAUGUGGAGGACCCAGAGAUGCUGUGGGUGAUGGGACCCGUGCUGGCCGUCGUUCUCAUCAUCAUCAUCGUCAUUGCCAUCCUGCUCUUUAAGAGCAAACAGGAGAGGAAGCGUACGUCUCCCUCGACUAAAGAUGAGCACUCAGCUGGAGUCAAAGAUCAUUUACUGGCCCAUUCGUCUGACCCGGUGGAAAUGAGGAGACUUAAUUACCAGACACAAGGUUCCAGUGCCGUCAACUGCCCCAAUGCUCCAAGAAUGCGAGAACACCCUCCAGUUUCUGUCUGCGCUUUGGCUGACCACAUAGAGAGACUGAAAGCCAACGACGGCCUGCGCUUCUCUCAAGAAUACGAGUCUAUUGAUCCUGGUCAACAGUUCACCUGGGAAAAUUCCAACCUGGAGGUCAACAAGCCCAAGAACCGCUAUGCAAAUGUCAUCGCUUACGAUCACUCCAGAGUCGUACUGAACCCUGUUGAUGGUGUACCGGGAAGCGACUACAUCAAUGCCAACUACAUCGACGGCUACCGCAAACAGAACGCCUACAUUGCAACUCAGGGUCCUUUGCCAGAGACCCUCAGUGAUUUCUGGAGGAUGGUGUGGGAGCAGAGGACCAGCACUAUAGUCAUGAUGACCAGACUGGAGGAGAAGAGCAGGGUGAAGUGCGAUCAGUACUGGCCCAGUCGUGGGACGGAAACAUACGGCAUGAUUCAGGUGACCAUGCUGGACACGGUGGAGCUGGCAACCUACAGCGUCAGAACCUUCGCUCUGUAUAAGAACGGUUCCAGCGAGAAACGGGAAGUUCGGCAGUUCCAGUUCAUGGCCUGGCCGGAUCACGGCGUUCCUGAAUAUCCCACACCCAUUUUAGCCUUUUUGCGCAGAGUUAAAGCUUGCAAUCCAUCUGACGCUGGACCUAUGGUGGUUCACUGCAGUGCUGGCGUGGGUCGAACAGGCUGUUUCAUCGUAAUAGAGGCUAUGCUGGAGCGAAUGAAGCACGAGAAAUCGGUGGACAUCUACGGUCACGUGACCUGCAUGCGUGCUCAGAGGAACUACAUGGUGCAGACGGAGGAUCAGUACAUCUUCAUCCACGAAGCUCUGCUGGAAGCCGGCACCUGCGGGAGCACGGAGGUCCCGGCGCGUAGUUUAUACACACACAUCCAGAAACUGACGCAGGUCCCGCCUGGAGAUGCUGUAACUGCCAUGGAGCUGGAGUUUAAGAAACUGGCCAACUCUAAAGCACACACGUCCAGAUUCAUCAGUGCCAGUCUGCCCUGUAACAAAUUCAAGAACCGGCUGGUCAACAUCAUGCCAUUUGAGUCCAGUCGCGUGUGCCUGCAGCCAAUCAGAGGGGUCGAGGGGUCCGACUACAUUAACGCUAGUUUCAUUGAUGGAUACAGGCAGCAGAAGGCUUAUAUAGCCACACAGGGUCCUCUGGCUGAAACCACCGAGGACUUCUGGAGGAUGCUUUGGGAGCACAACUCCACCAUCGUAGUGAUGCUGACGAAAUUGAGAGAGAUGGGACGGGAGAAGUGUCACCAAUACUGGCCUGCGGAGAGAUCUGCUCGAUAUCAGUACUUUGUUGUGGAUCCCAUGGCUGAAUACAACAUGCCUCAGUACAUCUUACGGGAGUUUAAAGUGACGGACGCCAGGGAUGGCCAGUCUAGGACAAUCCGCCAGUUUCAGUUCACCGAUUGGCCAGAACAAGGUGUGCCAAAGACAGGAGAGGGCUUUAUUGACUUCAUCGGCCAAGUACACAAAACUAAGGAGCAGUUUGGACAGGACGGACCGAUUACUGUUCACUGCAGUGCUGGUGUGGGUAGAACAGGGGUAUUCAUCACUUUAAGUAUUGUACUGGAGCGGAUGAGGUAUGAAGGUGUGGUGGAUAUGUUCCAUACCAUCAAAACGCUGCGCACUCAGAGACCUGCCAUGGUACAGACGGAGGAUCAAUACCAGCUGUGUUACAGAGCAGCUUUGGAGUACCUGGGAAGCUUCGAUCACUAUGCAACGUAACCACGCCCAGAGAGACAUCACUUCCUGCUGAGCCAUAGUCAUCCAAUACAGCUGCUGGAGGGAGAGAGAGAGAGACUGAAUGAGACAAACGGAGAAAAAGAAAGAGAGAGAGAGGACGUGUCCCAUUGCAGUCGGGUUCCUCUGGUUUCAUUCUGGUCUUUAUAUACGUGCACAGCUCCUGUCUCUGUACCUGCUGAGUGUUUUACCCUACUGCUCUUUUGCAUCCUCAUCUUCCGCAUCAUUAUCAGCAACCAUUGUUAUUAUUAUGAUUAUUAUUGUCAUUUUUAUGCCGAUCAUUGUAUAUCCAAGGGGUUUGUUUUAUUAUUUCUUUAUUAUUAUGUUUAGCACAUGUGGACAUGUAUUUUCACAUGGCCAGGUUACUAAUACUGUAUUCCGAGCUGCUGAUGAUUUCUUACUUUUUAUCAUUAUUAUGAUAUCGUCUUCUCUUAUUUGGUGGGACGGGGGAAACUUUUUUAUAAAAAAAAACCUUUUCACCUCCUGACACUUUAUAUAAAAUAAUGUAAUCAAGCAUAAAAGAGAUGAAACGCUCACAGCCGAGCCGGUGACAACGCUGGAAACUGAAUAAGAGACUGAAAGCACAGAAACAACAUUUUCCAGAAAUGAAAAAAUGCACAUGAUGCCACAUCCAAGACUUUGUUCAGUGCCAGGUCACAAACGUCAACCCGUCCUGACCAACAUUCACACCUCCUCAACUUUGCGUCGUCAUCCGUUUGGAAUAUAGCAAAGCAAAACUCUUAUCCUGGGAAUCGAUGCCCUGCUAAAAAAGUCCCGAACUUGUGGUAUUAUCAGCCGUCCGAUCAUUUCUCAGUGUGGCUCUCGCAGACACACGUGCAUCCUCUGCAGGACUUGAGCAAACUCCAGUGUUUCUUACCUCCUAUUGCCUGAGCACAAAGUAAAAUGAAAUUCAAAGACAUGGGAAGGAUUCAUUUCACUUUGCGUUCGCAUAAAGACGGCAUUUAAUCUGUUGUACAGGCAGUCUGUUUUCUAUUUGUUAAUAAAAAGGAAAGAAAUAUGUUGAAAUAUGUGUUAAUAAAAUGCUUAAUUGGG